GAAGAAGAAGAAGAAGAAGAAGAACUGUGUGCGUUUAUUUCGUUUAUACUGAUGAAAACAGACUUCUGAGUCAAAUAGUUUAUUGUGUGAUUGAGUUCCAAGCUGCUGCUGCCAGUGGCUUGUAACGCUGCAGCUUAUUGCCUGUGGAGAGGGCAGGAGCUUCAUGUCAGACCACCACCAACCACACGUUUGUACUCCUAACAGAUUUUUGCAGAUCUGCAACCAUAUCCAACGUCUGCGGGUCACGAAACAGAUGCUGCAUGUUUUGGAGUUCCCGCCUACAUCUGCAGGGAUGAAGAAAGCAUGGCGCGCACGGCUAGAUCGUUCCAUCAUGGUUGCCACUGACUGGUGAAGCAAAACAAAGUGGUUCCUGACUAUGUUUGGUUCUGAUUAAAAGAAGAAGCUCCUCAAGGUUGAAGGCCUGAUGUGGAUCAGCAGGAUUCCGAGCCUCUUGUCAUAGAGUGGAAGAGAAGACUCUUGGACCAGUCUGGUGGGAGACCAACUCAAUAUGGAGGAGACCGUAAUCAGGUUUUUGGUCACUACAGUUCCUUGAAAGAGUGAGGAGAUUAAAAAAAGAAAACUUACCAUGAACCCAGAUCUAAAGACUCGCAAAGACAGUUCCAGCUAUUCAAAGACUAACGUUAAUGGGAACGAUGAAGACGAUGGUGAAAUGACAAAUACUGACUCUCCGCUAAAGAACUCAUCAGGCUCUGAAUCAGAACAUGAAGACCGUAAGAAAGAAUGGAAGGAGAGCAGGGCUCCUGAAUCAGAGGUAAAAACUGUUAAAAAAUCUUUGAGCUGCUCUGAGUGUGGUAAGCAGUAUGUCAGUAACCAGACUCUUCAAAGACACAUGACAAGUCAUGGAGUGAAGUCUUCUAGCUGUCUGCUUAAUAAGAGAUGUGUUGGAGAGAAGAAAAAUGUAGAGUCAUACUGGAAAGUCCAGGCAAGGCCAAAAUCAAUGAGCUGUGAUGACUGUGAUAAAAAAUUUAAUUGCAAAGCAAAUGUAAACAGACACAUGAGAGUCCACACAGGAGACAAACCGUUUACUUGUGAACUUUGUGGACAUAGAUUUAGUCAUAAGUCAAGUUUAAACACGCACAUGAGAGUCCACACAGGAGAGAAACCAUUUCCUUGUGAUCUUUGUGGACAAAGAUUUACUCAGAAGUCAAUUUUAAAUACACACAUGAAAAUCCACACGGGAGACAAACCAUUUCCUUGUGACCUUUGUGGACAAAGAUUUAGUCUGAAGGCACCUUUAAACAGGCACAUGAGAAUUCACACAGGAGAGAAACCAUUUCCUUGUGAUCAUUGUGGUCAAAGCUUUAGUCAAAAGACACAUUUGAUCUCGCACAUGAGAGUCCACACAAGAGAGAAACCAUUUCCUUGUGAUCUUUGUGGACAAAGAUUUAGUCGGAAGUCAAGUUUAAACACACACAGGAGAGUCCACACAAGAGAGAAACCAUUUCCUUGUGAUCUUUGUGGACAAAGAUUUAGUCACAAGUCAAGUUUAAACACACACAGGAGAGUCCACACAAGAGAGAAACCAUUUCCUUGUGAUCUUUGUGGACAAAGAUUUAGUCGGAAGUCAAAUUUGAGCACACACAUGAGAGUCCACACAGGAGACAAACCGUUUCCUUGUGACCUUUGUGGACAUAGAUUUAGUCUGAAGGCACUUUUAAAUAAACACAUGAGAGUCCACACAGGAGAGAAACCAUUUCCUUGUGAUCGUUGUGGUCAAAGAUUUAGUCAAAAGACAUAUUUAAACUCGCACAUGAGAGUCCACACAAGAGAUAAACCGUUUCCUUGUGAUCUUUGUGGACAAAGUUUUAGUCACAAGUCAAAUUUAAACACGCAUAGGAGAGUCCACACAAGAGAGAAACCAUUUCCUUGUGAUCUUUGUGGACAAAGAUUUAGUCGGAAGUCAAAUUUGAGCACACACAUUAGAGUCCACACAGGAGACAAACCGUUUCCUUGUGAUCUUUGUGAACAAAGAUUUAGUCUGAAGUCACUUUUAAACAGACACAUGAAAGUCCACACUGGAGACAAACCGUUUCCUUGUGAUCUUUGUGGACAAAGAUUUGGUCAAAAGACAGUUUUAAACAAGCACAUGACAGUCCACACAGGAGACAAACCGUUUCCUUGUGAUCUUUGUGGGCAAAGAUUUAGUCAUAAGACUACUUUAAACACGCACAUGAGAGUCCACACAAGGGAAAAACCAUUUCUUUGUGAUAUUUGUGGCCAAAGAUUUAGUCAUAAGUCAAGUUUAAACUCACACAGGAGAACUCACACAGGAGAAAAAACAUUUCCUUGUGAUUUUUGUAGUCAAAGAUUUAGUCGGAACUCCAGCUUUGCGGUGACCCGUGGAGCUCUGAGCACGCAGGGCCAGGAUCCGGAACCCGAGCCCCCGAGUCGGCACAACGGAGGAUCUUCCACGUUGACCAGCGGAACUCGGAGCCAGGGAGAUGACGCCCUGCCCGGCCUGGCGCUCCGAGCCUCCAAUGGAGGACCGGGGUAG